CCGCGCGCCGCAGUCCGGGCUGAAGCGUCUCGGCCGUGGCCGUGGCCGUUAGCGUUGCCUCCUGGAGGCUCUGGCGGCGGCGGCGACUCCCAGGGCUCGCGGAGGGCAGCCGGCCGCCCCCAGCUCGUGGCCGCCUCGAGCAGCCCGGCGCUGGGACUGGGGAGGCGAGGCGGCGGCGGCGGGUUGUGCCCGGCCCCCCUCCUCCUCGCCUCCGGUCCCCGGGCGACUGCGGACUCCGGGCAGUCCCCGGGCGGCGGCCGAGCGGACGGCGGGGGAUGGCGAGAUAGCGGCGCGGGAGCGGCCCGAUUGACUGCUUUGCACGGAUGAUGAACAUUUCCUUACGUUUGAGAAGACCAUCCCGGAUGGUGGAUGGUAAAAGGAUAAGGAUGACUUCAAGUUUCCAGUGGCUCUUACUAACAUUUAUUCUUCUGUAUUUAAUGAAUCAAGUAAAUAGCCAGGAAAGGGGGGCUCCUCGUGAUUUGAAGUGUAUAACUAACAAUUUGCAAGUGUGGGACUGUUCUUGGAAAGCACCCUCUGGAGCAGGCCAUGGUACUAUUUAUGAAGUUUGCAUUGAAAGCAGGUCCCGUUCUUGUUAUCAGUCAGAGAAAACAAAUGCUAAAAUCCCAGCUCUUUUACCUGGCGAUCAUGAAAUAACCAUAAAUCGUCUAUAUGACUUUGGAAAUCCUAUAAGUAAAUUCACACUAAAUGAAAAAAAUGUUUCCUUAAUUCCAGAUACUCCAGAGAUCUUGAAUUUGUCUGCUGAUUUCUCAACUUCUACAUUACACCUGAAGUGGAAUGACAGGGGUUCUAUUUUUCCCCGUCACUUAAAUGUCAUCUGGGAAGUUAAAAUUCUGCGUAAAGAAAAUACGGAAAUCAUAAAAUUAGUGACCCACAACACAACUGUGAAUGGCAAAGAUACAGUUCAUCACUGGAGUUGGGCCUCAGACAUGCCCCUAGAGUGCACCACCCAUUCUGUGGCAAUUAGAUGCUAUGUUGACGAUCCUCAUUUCUCUGGUCGCAAAGAGUGGAGUGACUGGAGCCCACUGAAGAACAUUUCUUGGUCUCCUGAUUCUCAGACUAAGGUUUUUCCUCAAGACAAAGUGAUACUUGUAGGCUCAGAUAUAACAUUUUGUUGUGUGACUCAAGAAAAAGUGUUAUCAGCACAGAUUGGCCAAACAAAUUGUCCCCUUAUUCAUCUUGAUGGGGAAAAUGUUGCAAUCAAGAUCCAUAAUAUUUCAGUUUCUGCAAACAGUGGAACAAAUGUGGUUUUCACAACAGAAGAUAACAUAUUUGGGACAGUUAUUUUCGCAGGAUAUCCACCUGAUAUUCCUCAAAAACUGAAUUGUGAGACAUACGAUUUAAAAGAGAUUAUAUGUACUUGGAAUCCCGGAAGACCGACAGCACUGGUGGGCCCACGCAAUACAAGUUACACUUUAUUUGAAAGUUUCUCAGGAAAAUAUGUUAAAUUUAAAAGAGUUGAAGCACCAACCAAUGAAAGCUACCAGUUAUUCUUUCAAAUGCGUCCAAAUCAAGAAAUAUAUAAUUUUACUUUGAAUGCUCGCAAUCCUCUGGGUCGGUCAGAAUCAACUAUUUUAGUUAACAUAACUGAGAAAGUUUAUCCUCGUAUUCCUACUUCAAUCAAAGUGAAGGAUGUUAAUUCAACAGCUGUUAUACUUUCCUGGCAUUUACCGGGCAACUUUGCAAAGAUUAAACUUCUAUGUCAAAUUGAAAUUAACAAAACGAACUCAGUACAAGAAUUGCGGAAUGUCACGAUCAGAGGAGUAGAAAAUUCAAGUUAUCUUGUAGCUGUGGACCAGUUAAACCCAUAUACUGUAUAUACUUUCCGGAUUCGCUGUUCUGCUGAAACUUUCUGGAAAUGGAGCAAAUGGAGCAAUGAAAAAAAAUAUUUAACCACAGAAGCCAUUCCUUCAAAGGGACCAGAUACUUGGAGAGAGUGGAGUUCUGAUGGAAAAAACUUAAUAAUCUAUUGGAAGCCUUUGCCCAUUAACGAAGCUAAUGGGAAAAUCCUUUCCUAUAAUGUGUCAUGUUCACUAGAUGAGGAGACACAGUCCCUUUCUGAGAUCCCUGAUCCUCAACAUAAGGCAGAACUACAACUUGAUAAAAACGACUACAUCAUCAGCGUGGUGGCAAAAAAUUCUGUUGGUUCAUCGCCACCUUCUAAAAUAGCUAGUAUGGAAAUUCCAAACGAUGAUCUCAAAGUAGAGCAGGCUGUCGGGAUGGGAAAUGGAAUUCUCCUCACGUGGAAUUACGAUCCCAGCAUGACUUGUGACUAUGUUAUUAAGUGGUGUAACUCCUCUCGGGCCGAGCCCUGCCUCAUGGACUGGAAAAAAGUCCCUUCCAACAGCACUGAAGCUGUAAUAGAAUCUGAUCAGUUUCGACCGGGUGUAAGAUACAAUUUUUUUCUGUAUGGGUGCAGAAAUCAAGGAUAUCAGUUACUGCGUUCUAUAAUCGGAUAUAUAGAAGAAUUGGCUCCAAUUGUUGCCCCAAAUUUUACUGUCGAGGACACAUCUGCAGAUUCAAUAUUAGUAAGAUGGGAAGAUAUUCCUGUGGAAGAGCUUAGAGGCUUUUUAAGAGGAUAUUUAUUUUACUUUGAAAAAGGAGAGAGAGACACAUCUAAGAUCAGGGGUUUGGAAUCAGGUCGUUCUGACAUAAAGGUUAAGAAUAUUACCGACCUCUCCCAGAAGACACUGAGAAUUGCCGAUCUUCAGGGUAAAACGAGUUACCAUCUGGUCCUGCGAGCCUAUACAGAUGGUGGAAUGGGCCCAGAGAAGAGCAUGUUUGUGGUGACAAAGGAAAAUUCUGUGGGAUUAAUUAUUGCCAUCCUCAUCCCAGUGGCGGUGGCAGUCAUUGUGGGAGUGGUAACGAGCAUUCUUUGCUAUCGGAAACGAGAAUGGAUUAAAGAAACCUUCUACCCUGACAUUCCAAAUCCAGAAAAUUGUAAAGCUUUACAGUUUCAGAAGAGUGUCUGUGAGGGAAACAGCGCUCUCAAAACAUUAGAAAUGAAUCCUUGUACCCCAAAUAAUGUUGAAGUUCUGGAAACUCGAUCAGCAGUUCCUAAAAUAGAAGAUACAGAAAUAAUUUCUCCCAUAGCCGAGCGCCCAGAAGAGAGCUCUGAUGCAGAACCCGAGAACCACGUGGUUGUGUCCUAUUGUCCGCCAGUCAUCGAGGAGGAAAUACCGAACCCGGGAGUGGAUGAAGCCGGAGGGACCUCACAAGUCAUUUACAUCGAUGUCCAGUCCAUGUAUCAGCCUCAGGCAAAACCAGAAGAGGAACAAGAGAGCGACCCCGUCGGGGGGGCAGGCUAUAAGCCACAAAUGCACCUCCCCAUCACUUCUACCAUAGAAGACCUGGCUGCAGACGCUGACUUAGAUAAAACUGCAGGUUACAGACCUCAGGCCAAUGUAAAUGCUUGGAACUUAGUAUCUCCAGACUCUCCCAGAUCCACAGACAGCAACAGUGAAAUUGUCUCUUUUGGAAGUCCCUGCUCCAUUAACUCCCGACAAUUUUUGAUUCCUCCUAAAGAUGAAGACUCUCCUAAAUCGAAUGGAGGAGGGUGGUCCUUUACAAACUUCUUCCAGAACAAACCGAAUGACUAACAGUGUCACUCUGUCACUUCAGUCUGCCAUCUCAGUAAGCUCUCACUGCUGGUGCUGCCGUGCCAGCACGGGGCAUCUUGGAGGGAUCCUGUGAAGUGUUGUUAGCAAGGUGGACCUCACUGCGCAAGUUACACUCCAAGUGUUAAUGUGCUCUUAACGUAGUCUCAUGGCCCAAGUAGGGUAACUCAGAAAUCCAGACCAUGCAACUCAAGUUUCGGAGCUAUCUGUGAUUAGAGCCAAAGAAUCUCUCGUGCUCCACCUUUGGGGAGCACUUCACGGCUAAUCCUGUCCGGUCCCACACAUGCAAAACAACUCCCACAGCAGCGCGUUCUGUUCUGUCAGUGGUUUUCUCAUACGGAUACUUUAUGGAAUUGCAAGCAGAUUUACAGGCACAGGAGAAAAAUGUCAAAGUAACAGAUGAUGUUUAUUUGCCUGACACUUGCUCCAUUUAGAUGAAAACCAAGCACAGAUUUCAAAAUUGUUAACAUCAUUCUCCUCUAUCCACAGCAUUUACGAAAAAUUAAUAUGAUUUUUAACGUAGCAACAGCUACUUAGUGUUUUGUUUGAUAAAGUAUACUGAUUUCCGUGCCUACUGUAUAAUGGUUAUCAAACAGUUUUCUCAGGGGUACAAACGUUGAAAAUGAGCGUGACACUGACCAGCCCAAAUGAGAAUCGUGUUCUCUUGCUUUGGGAGGGUUUACAAACCUGUCCCUUAUUUUGUAGCUUGCAUGCUGACUUCCCCUGUUGCAGUUGGUUGCCCUAAUACUUAAAAUUGAAAUUUCUGAGACUGCAGAUCUAAGUUUUUCUAAACAUCUGUUUUUUUGCGUGUGACACGGUGCCCGUUUUGUAAGCAUGAGCAAAUUCAGUAUUACUGAUAAACACAGGAUUCCAGGGGUUUCCUGUUUGAGGUGACUACUGGGCAGUCUCGCUGUGUCAGCUAUUCUCGUGCAGCCCUGAUCGGUGUCACUUUCUCCUGAGAAGGCUGUGCCACGGAGCCCCACGCACCCAGGCGGUGAUGACCCAGGACACCUCGUAGCAAACGUUCCUCCUGAUCGGGCGUUUAGGCAGGUUCUGCCUCUGAAAUGAUCGUGAGUCCAGACUGUUUGAUCCAGUCCUCAAAGUUUUAAAUCUAAAACUAAAAAGAUAAUGCUUCCUGUAGGAACAGUUACUCAAGGGCUAUUUUGUAUGAACUGUCACAAAGUCAGUUUGAAUCCGUGGGCACACCUGCAUUAAGGGCACAGCAUUUUCUUUGUGAGCUGCCCGUGAUUGUGUGUCUUCUCAGCAUCCUCUGCCCCCUUUGGUCUUCAUAAGUGAUGUCUAGGACGAAUGUGGUCAGAAUGAAAAACUCAAAAGUGUAUCUUCUGUUUCCCUCACGCCCACGUUGUCUUGUGUGUUUUGUCUUUUGACAGUUAAGGCAAAGUACCUGAAAAAUGGAAAUCUCUGAAUACAUCAAAAUGUGCCUGGUUUUUUCUUUUUUAUCAUCCGAGGUUCUGUGAUGCAUUUGCAUAUAAUGGAUCAGUUGUCUUUUUUCCUAGCUCCUAAUGUUUCUUUUAUAAAAACCAUGUCAUGGAAAAAAGC